AUGGAAAGAAUUAAAAGAAGUAAGAUAUUAAGCAUGUUAUUGAUAAUCGUGUUUUCAAUAUCAUUAUUUGCACUGUUAUUCAAUAUGAUACCUACUGAAUCAAGAUCAGUAAUGAUAACAGAUGAAAAGACGUUGUCAGUGAUGCCAAGUGAAGAUUUACCUGAAGAAGAAGAUCUUGUUCCGUUAACGACCGAGCUCAGUACGAAUGCUAAGAAUUGGAAACCAAAGAAAGAAUGGGGACGAUUGAGUGAAGAGAUUGAGAAAGCGAUAGCAUACAAUGUACGUAUUGCAAAUAGUAAUCAUAAAACAUCCAUUCGACAUCAAGAUCGCAUUCUAUUAACAGCAGUAGCCAAUCAAGGGAUGGCAGAAUAUACAUUGAAUUGGAUCAUGUCACUCAAGAACUGUGGACUCGACGAUAAAUUCCUUGUUUUCGCCAUUGAUAAAGAGAUAGUAAAGACAUUAAAGGAAGCAGGCUAUGAUAAGCAUGUUAUCUUGAUCCCUACAGAAUGGUUUCAUAAGCAAUUAUCAGAUAAAUUUGAAGCUUGGUUAUCUUCAGGUUACACACCCAUUACCCAUGCCAAGUCAUUAGUAGUUGAACGUCUAUUGUAUACGAAUGUGACAGUCUGGUUUUCAGAUGUAGAUAUCGUCUUUACAUCACCUUCUGUCUAUGAUUAUCUUGUUAUGAAAUUGAAUUCAAGAAAGGAGACAGAGACAUUAUUUUCGCAGGAGACAGAACAAAGGAUCAUUAAUUCAGGAUUUUAUGUCAUGCGACCAACGAAUACAAACAAGCGUAUAUUAGAAGAAUCCAUUUACAUUCAAGAUACAGAACAGAAUAAGAAGCCAGAGGUGACUCAACAAAGAGCUAUGAAUCGAGUUCUAGAUGAUAUCAAUUUAAAUUAUCAAACAAGUACAAUUGCUUUACUCGAUUUAAUGUUAUUCCCACAUGGUAGAUUUUAUUUUGACAGAGAGAUGCCUACCAAGUUUGGUUUAAAUCCAAUGAUUGUUCAUGCCAAUUAUCGUAAAGGAGAUAACAAAAAGAAGGAUUUACAAAAAUUUGGUCUUUGCUUCAAUGGCAUUUGUCAAACAGUGGCUUUAUCACUUUGUCCUUUAAUUGGACAAGCCAAUGGUAUUGAGCCAGUCUGCUAUUCUCGUAAUAUUGAUUUAGCAGGAAACUUAAUUUUUCAACCUGCUACCUUGGUUAUCGAUAUUGUUGCUAUUAUCAUGACUGCUAUUAUGAUUUAUCAUAUUCGAUCCAAAUACACUGCAGUUGGUAGAAAAGAGAUUGUUAUGUUUUUUUAUUUAUACAUGAUUACAACCUUUCUUGAAAUGUUACUUGUGACUGGGAUUAUACCUACUUCUUCACCUGUUUAUCCCUGGUUUACAGCUGUUCAUAUCGGAUUAAUAUGUGCAACAUUUUGGUGCUUAUUAUUGAAUGGAUUCGUUGGAUUUCAGUUUGCUGAAGAUGGUACACCUUUAUCACUUUGGUCGAUUCGUAUUAGUUCAUUUGUUAUAUUUUUACUAGUUGGAUUUAUUGCUAUUGCUACUUUUAAACAAAUUGGUCCCUUCACGUAUACUUCGCCUAGUGCACUUUGGGCGUUUUAUUUUAUUAUUAAUGGUGUAGCCUUCAUUAUUUAUGUGAUAUCACAAAUUAUCUUGGUUGUGAAUACAUUAGAUGAUCGAUGGCCGUUAGGAGAUAUCUUAUUUGGUACAGCCUUUUUUGUAAUUGGACAAGUGAUUCUUUACAUCUUUUCUGUUAUCAUUUGUGACCAAAUUAAGCAUUAUAUUGAUGGUCUAUUCUUUGGUUCUAUAUGUACUUUAUUAGCGGUGAUGAUGGUCUAUAAAUAUUGGGAUUCGAUUACUAAAGAAGACCUUGAGUUCUCUGUAGGAGCAAAACAGAAUGUUUGGGAAGUAAAAGAGUUAUUGGCUGAGGAUGAAUUGGCUCAAAAUUAUCAACAUCAGCAGCAGCAGCAGCAACAACAACAAUAUGGCGGUGGUCAACAACACUAUCCUCAACAACAAUACCCAUAUUAA